GACGUAUUUUGUCACUUGCUGGUACAACAAUUACAAAAAAAACCUACCAGACACAGAUAUUUACCAACGUUUACCCAUUUUAGUUUCAUUUAUCUCGAGCUGGGAAUACAUUUUCACAACACUCUGCUCUGCAGAAGGACUGUUGGGUGAAAGUUUUGAUUGGAUACAUUGAGGCUAGUACCUGGCUAGUGUUCAACGAGGAUCUUCGGGAAUAAAGAGUUUAGGAGAUGGCGGCUGUCUGUGAAAAGAGAUUUUAUGGGUUUUCCGCCAAGCUUCUCAACGGCGAUAUCCUACACUUCUCCAAACUCCAAGGGAAGGUGGUGUUGAUCGUAAACGUUGCCUCCCUUUGAAGCACGACUAGCAGGGAUUACCACCACUUGAACGAGCUCCAGAAAUGUUUCGGCAAUCAGGGGUUUGUGGUGAUCGGUUUUCCCUGCAACCAAUUCGGAUACCAAGAGAACAACGAUAAUAGUGAGAUCCUCAAUGCCUUGAAAUAUGUUCGCCCAGGCAAUGGUUAUGAGCCAAAUUUCUUAAUAACUGAAAAGACCCUUGUAAACGGAGUCAAUGCAAAUCCAAUCUUCACUUUUUUAAAGGAGAGGUUGCCUGAACCUCGUGAUGAACCAAACAUCUUAAUGACUGAUCCCAAGUUCAUUGUCUGGAGCCCAGUCUUUCGGAAUGACAUCUCCUGGAACUUUGAGAAAUUUCUCAUCGGGGCAGAUGGAGAACCCUUCAAGCGCUACAGUAAACGUUUUGUAAUCACCGACAUCGCAGAAGACAUCAAAAUUCUAAUGCAAAAGAAAUGUGCUGCUGGCAAACGAAAAAGACGUAGAUGUUCUCCAUAUACUUAAAAGAGGACCCUGCACUGAUUCUUGUGAAGCAAACAUCUGUAAUGUUAAGCAUUUUACUAUAUGAUGGUGCUUUUUGAAAGGUUAACCAAAGAGCACUUGAAUCUUGUAAAAGACUAACAUGUUACACCAUAACCAGCGGAAAGGGCUCUCUUUAAAUAAAACUGUUCUGAUAAAAACAGAACUACCCUGGCAUUGGUUACUUUGACACAAAAUUAUGCUUUUUUUCUUGCAUUACUGUGAAUUCUUGUUAUGUUUUAUGUUUAUUGAAAGGAUAAAUGUUUGUUUACUGGUUAGGAAAUAAUCUAGCACUUGGGAAAUAACUUAUCAUAUGAUCCUGCAUGUUUAACCAAUAUUGUUUAUUCACAAAACUAUUCAUUCGGCAUAUGGAAAUGUAUACAUAUUUACAGUCUUCUCUGGAACAUAUUAUGUGACAUUUAAUAUAUAGUGCAAUUAAUACAUUUGUCAGUGUUUUUAAAAAUAGGUGUGUGUUCACUGUCAUACUAAGCUUGGAUUACUUAAAAAUUUAAACUUCUCAUCUCUCAUUGAGCUGCCAACAAAUUAAGCGAAAUAGUAGUGAGUUGCUGAAUAACUUGUGACAUACCUAGAUUUAUUUCAGAGGUAUUAAUUAUCAAUGAGAAACCAUCUCUACAUAAGGUAUGGGUCAAGGCUUAUAUUUCAUAAAGCAAUUAGAACCAAGUAUUUUUUGUAUUCUGUUCUAUCCUUAAUGCAAACAGAAUGCAAAUUUGCAGCUGUACUUAACCUUUUCAUUUGUUUUUUUAACAAGCAAAGCAUUAGCCAAAAGCAGAAUGGUAAUCCUUUUGUUUCAAUCUCACUCCAACAUUUUCCACUAUCAUUAUUUACUUUGGAAAGUCAUUCAAUGUAUUUGGUUCUUUCAGUAGAUGUUUGUGCUCCUGCAAAAAGCUGAGCAAGUAUUCUAACUGGAAGACAAUUUUAAAUAGGGUGUUCUCUUAACUUCAAGACCAGGUACAAUAUUGGGGUAUGCUAAGCCCCUUAACUGGUUACUUUAUAUUUAUA